CAGUCGUUCGCCGCGGGUCCACGCGAGUUCGUCUUUGUAUCUCUCGUCGGUCGUUUGUGCCGUUUUUUAUUUUCACGGGGUCACGUGCGUAUUUCGUUUCCGAAGUUUGUUCGCAAUCGUUAUCACUCCAUCGGGGAUUAACGUUGUGCAUGUGAGACCGCGUUAGUUUGUGCGGCAUUCGCGUUAAUUUCCCGCGCCGACGGGAACGAGCGCCUCCGCACCGGCAGCCAUGGAGGACUCGUGUCCCGUGAACAACGUUGCGCAACAGGCCGAGGCGCAGCGUUUCCGGAAACAGUCAAAGAAAAUCGGGCGGAAACUGUCCCGCCGGUUGUCGCUUAUCACCAAAGUUCCCAACAUAUUUAACGUUAAGUUCGCUGGCUCCGAAAGUCCGUCUACGCCUCGCAAAAUCGUCGAUGGCGUCUCUACGGCCGCCGCCGACGGUACCAUCCUGCAAGCGCACGAGAUCACCGUUAUCGCUCCCGAUAAGACUCAACGAUUGAUGACGGGAUCUAGUGAUCAGACGAUUAAGCAAUUGCUGGCCGGUUUGGUAUUCGAAUUCAGCCUGGAACAGCCUGGUUAUUAUCUGGGCGGGUCACUAGCUGAAAUUGACGAAAACUCCACUAUUGAUUUUCUAGUAGGAGACAUUGUAAUUGUUCAAGAAGACCAAUUCCAUUCAGACCAAAAGCACGAAAACGAUGGAAGAUAUUGUCUUACUGAAAAAUUCAUUUACGAUGAGAUGGCAUAUAUUACAUGCCUGAAAUCCGCCAAAGAACUAUAUGGAGAGCCGUUGCGUAGAAUGGACAUCUUAUCCAUAGAAGAAUAUGAUUUAAUAUUUGACAAAUUGUUGAAAGUAGCUGAUAAAUGUAGCCAAGUUGUCAAAGAAAUACAAUCUGAUAUGGAAAAUUGGGAUCCAGUAUUUGCACAAAUAGGUAGUUUGUUCAGUACCAAUUUCUGGGAUAAUUACAAUGAUUAUCAAGACGUACACCGACACGCUAAGGAGUUACUGCGCGAAAAGUCUGCGUUGGACGAGGACUUCGUGGCAUUUUGCGUGCAGAGGAAAGGAGCGGCCAAAAACUCUUUGAGGCACAUAAUCGAUCUUCCGGUACAGAGACUGACUCAAUACGAAACGUAUUUCCAAAGUUUAUUGGACGAGACCAGACCGGAACAUGGAAGAGGCGCCGAAUACCACGAUCUAUGCAUGGCGAACAGCGCCGCCAAACAAACAGUAAAACGUGUUCACGAGCAAAGCGAUUUGGAGCGAAUUCAAGAUGUUUUCCCAAACGAUUUCCUCAGAUUAUACGACAAAGAAGCCCUCACAAUGAAGAUGAAAGGAUUAAUUCGGAAGAGAGGAGGAACUGGUACAGCUGCUCUAAGGAGAGCUCUAUCGUCGAAAUCGCUGCGAUCGGAGUCGCCUCCUUCGACUCCCAACAAAAUCCAAAACGAUAGCCCGAGGAAGUUCAUAAUGGAAACUCCCGUCCAAUUCGUUAAUGGCGUGCACUGUCAGGAACGUCAUUUAUUUUUAUUCAAUGACCUCUUGCUGGUGGCCAAAGCGAAAUCCGGUAGUAACUUUAAACUUAAAGACAAGGUCAGGAUAUCGGAGAUUUGGCUCAACGAAUCACCGGCGGUGAUAGACGAAGUUGCCGAAAUUCCCAAGUCUUCGGACACGUCUUUCGUCAUCGGAUGGCCGACCACAAACUAUGUGGCAGUGUUCAGCACUCAAGCCACCAGGGAUUUGUGGUGGUCGAAAUUGGCAGAAGAAUCGCAAGAAGAAAUUCGCAAGGACCCCCCGACUACCAACGUCCAAGUGUUUUACCAAGAUCUCAACACUGGCAUAGAAUACUGCAAGACGUUUGCCAUCGGACCGGACGAGAGCGCCAAAGACUGCGUAAAAAUUGCAUUGGAUCACUUGGAGAUGAGAGAUGCGGACCCGAGCCAGUACCAGCUGUGGGCCAAGACACCACGUGAAGAGCCGCCGUAUCCACUGUUUGGUCACGAGAAACCGUAUUCCGUCAAGUUGAGUUGCCUGCGGGACGGACUUAGCGCCGAGGAAGGGUUUGACUUGGACCACUGCAACAACGUGCACGACCCGUUGGCCAGGUGUCAUUUCAUUUUGAGGAGUGUAAAAGCUCAAGAAAACGAAACGAAUAAAAAGACGCCAAAAAAGUCUUCUAGUCGUAUGAAAAUUGGCCAGGUGUUUAAAAAAACUCCAACCAAAGAGAAUGGAGGCAAUUUGUUCGGUGUACCACUGAAUAGAAUUUGCGACGGAGAAAACCUUCCUAAGCCAGUGAUGGGCAUGUUACACCAAAUUUUCUCCAAAGGACCGUUCACCCAGGGUAUAUUUAGAAAGUCUGCAAACGCCCGUUUAGUCCGCGAACUCCGCGAGAAAAUGGACGUUUGUGAGGACGUUUGUCUGGAGAACGUUCCUGUGCUGGUCACUGCGGCCUUGUUCAAAGACAUGCUGCGCUCGUUGCCCGACCCUUUACUGUGCACCAGCCUGUUUCCGAAAUGGCGAUCAGCUCUGGACUGUUCCAAUCUACCCACAAAACUUUUUAGAAUCAAAACGAUUAUCGAUCAGUUGCCCAAACCCAACUAUCAUCUGCUGUGCCACUUCCUGUGCGUACUCUACCACAUAUCUCGGCGAUCCACCCACAACCUCAUGUCGGCCGCCAACCUGGGCGUGUGUGUUGGACCGUCGCUGCUGUGGUCCGAUUCGCCGGCCAUGUGUCCAACCGAAGACUUGCGCACCGUGCCUGCACUGGUCGAAAUACUCAUCACCCACUGCGAGCUACUGUGCGGGCCACACGUGCCGAACCUUUUGGGUGACCCACGGGAUUCUGGCACCGAAGAAUCUGACUCCAUGAGGCGGGACGACAGUUCUAUAGACAGCCUGGAAGUGAGCCCACCCCCCAGGAAGGAUCAGAUAUCAUUAAGCCGGGACUCUGGACUGACGAUGUCUGACUCACAGCUGUACACGCCUGACGAGGAGGAGAGUGGGUCAACCAGCUCCAGCGGAUAUGACCCGGCAUUUGACCAGGCGCACUCGGCGAAAACCGCCGUGUCUGCCACUGCCGUACCGUCGAUGCCGGGCGAGUACGUGCGCGUAUACCCGGGUUGGGAGGAGCGAAAAAACGCCAACUUCCAGCGGCAGGCUUGGUUCCGGCAGCGAUCCAAGCGUUUAACAGCCGCGGCCAGCAAGGAGGCGGUCCGUCGGAGCGCUUCCGAAGAGUCCGUAUUGGAUGGUAGCGUGCCACCACCCACACCACCCCGUCGCAGCAAGCCCGUUCAAAUGUCCGGCAACAACAACAACAACAACAACAACAACAACAACCGGAUAUCCAUGGCCCCACAACAGGACCAAUACCGGAAAAUGACCGCUGCCGACUACUACGAUGUAGUGGUCAAGUCGGAAGUGGUUGUCGAGUCGUUGCACCCGAAUAAUUACAACACGGAACUGACCAUCAAACCCGUACUGCAGCCAGUGACGUACCGCAAGGACGAGUCGCAGACGGCCGCGCCAGUGGUCGUCGUCCGGAGGUCGGCCGAGGUGGUAGACCGUAGACGAUAUAUUCAGCAACAGCAGCACCAUCAACAGCAACACCAACAACAGCAACCGCACCACCAGCAACAGUUGACGGCGGCGACUACUGGCACUGCCAACACCACCACAACCGCCACCACCACCACCACCGCCUCCACCAUCACCACAAAUGCCUCCGCCACUACACCGGCGGAAAACUGUUGCGACGGUGAAAACGAAGAGGACUCGAGCACGCUGUCCGACGAAGACUGUACGCCGCACGUGUCCCGGAGCAACAGCCGCGGAAAUGAGGUGGCCACCGACUCGCUUAAGCUCAGGCAGCAUCAGCCGCCGGUCGCGCACUCGGACGGCACUGUCCGGCUCCGCGGCCGGUUGAAGCGCAAGGAGGAGAAGGCCGCCGUAGCCGCGGCCAGGUCCCGGUCCUUGCCACCGCCUCCGCCGUAUCGGCCACCGCCACCGGCCAACCGCCGUGCGCCUAUCACCUCGUAUUACCUGGGCGAGUGCAGUCAGGCACAGCAGCAGCGAUUCGUCGUCACCAGGACGUACGCAGACGAGGAGUCUUACGUCUGAUGUACUGCACGAGUUCAUGUUUUCGGCCCUCCCUUUUUGAAUUAAUAUUUGAUGAUAAUAUGUACGUCUUAGGGUGUCUCCACCCCUCCACCCUGCCAUCCCUCUCCAGAGUUGCAGUAUUUGUCAGCCAAUGCGUUUUGUAUAUAUAAUUAUUAUUAUUAUUAUUAUUAUUAUUAUUAUUAAUUAUUAUUUUUACUUUUAUUAUUAUAAUAUAUACACUUGACAAUAUAAAGUAUAAAACUACUUAAGUUACCUGUCAACUUGAAAACAAAGAUGGGCGCUUGGAUGCUAUUGCUGUUUCUUUUUUUUUACAAUAAAAUGUUCCUGAUUGAUAUACAUUAUUAUUAUUAUAUUUUAAGUCCAUAUACGAGCUUGAGUAUUUUUUUUACAUUGUCUAGUACUGAAAGUACAUUAAUUUUAAUUUCUUUUUUUUAUAUACAUAUACAUUAUACGUAUGAUAAAUGGAAUGUUUUCAAAGUGCUCAUUGAAAUGAUCAAAUAAUCUUAUGUUAAGAAUUUCACAAGUACAAAGUUCGUAUCCACACACGAAAUACCAAUGUUGUUAAACUAUACUACAACACAUAAUAUUAAUACCUUCAAAAUGUCAAAAUUAAAAAUUCUAUACUUAUAACUAUAAUUAAGUAGAUUAUAAUAACAUUCUGAAGCACUGUGAUUUAAGUUAUGUACAGUACCGUAUUAUUUUAAAGUUAUAAUUUAUAUUUCGAUUUAAUAAUUUAUCUUACCGUAUAAGACUAAAAAAAAUGUAUUCAUGCACACUAUACCGAAGUAACAAUUAAUUUUUUAUGAAAACCUAUUAUACAUUUUAUUUAAAAUUAGUAAAUAAAACUACUAAA